CUUUGACUGAGGGACUAUUUCGUUCUAGGCCCCUUGUGCUUUCUUCCCUCCUUUUUUAUUUGUUUCUUGGCCUGAGGAGCGGAGUGAUCUUCCCAGCGGGGUGAUGAGGUCUGGGAAGCUUGAGACGGGAAAAAAAGGGAGCCGAAGAAGCCGAUGGAGCAGAAGCGUUCAGGGGAGGGAGAGAGAGAGAGAGGGAAAGAAAGCGACGCGCCUGCGCAGUCCGGGACCUCGCUGAACAGCCAACCUCCCUCACUCCUUGUGCGAGGGCGCGCGUGCGUGUGUCUGUGGGGCGCAAGCGGCGGCGGCGGCUCUGUUCUCUGCCGCCAGACCCACGACGCUUUUCCCCAUCCCCUUCCCCCUCCUUUUUUUAACCUCAGCAGCCUCUGGGGUUCCUGCUCUUCUCUUUCUCUCUUUAUUUUAGAGGGCCUCCCUCCCUCUCUGAGAGGGCUGCGCCCCCCCCAAUAUCCCAGCUAUGGCUCAAAUACUCCCCAUAAGAUUCCAGGAGCACUUUCAGCUCCAAAAUCUUGGAAUUAAUCCAGCAAACAUUGGAUUCAGUACCUUAACCAUGGAAUCUGACAAAUUCAUUUGCAUCCGAGAAAAAGUUGGUGAGCAAGCACAGGUUGUGAUCAUAGACAUGAGCGAUCCUACCACUCCGAUCAGGCGCCCAAUCUCUGCAGAAAGUGCCAUCAUGAAUCCAGCUUCUAAAGUAAUUGCUCUGAAAGCGGGGAAAACACUCCAGAUUUUUAACAUUGAGAUGAAAAGUAAAAUGAAAGCACACACGAUGGCAGAGGAAGUGAUCUUCUGGAAAUGGAUUUCUGUGAAUACAGUUGCCUUAGUGACAGAGACUGCAGUUUAUCACUGGAGUAUGGAAGGAGACUCUCUGCCCCAAAAGAUGUUUGACAGGCACGCCAGUCUUGCGGGCUGCCAAAUCAUUAACUACAGAACAGAUGAAAAUCAAAAGUGGCUGCUUCUGAUAGGAAUUUCUGCUCAGCAAAAUCGUGUGGUUGGUGCCAUGCAGCUAUAUUCAGUGGAUCGGAAAGUUUCCCAACCUAUAGAGGGACAUGCAGCAGCUUUUGCAGAAUUCAAAAUAGAAGGAAAUGCCAAGACUUCCACCCUCUUCUGUUUUGCUAUGCGAAGCCCUGCAGGAGGCAAGCUGCAUAUAAUUGAAGUGGGUCAGCCUGCUGCUGGAAACCAACCCUUUGUCAAGAAAGCAGUUGAUGUGUUUUUCCCUCCAGAGGCUCAAACGGAUUUCCCCGUAGCAAUGCAGAUUGGAAUAAAGCAUGGUGUUAUCUAUCUCAUCACAAAAUAUGGAUAUAUUCAUAUGUAUGACUUGGAAUCUGGAGUGUGUAUCUACAUGAACCGUAUUAGUGCAGACACUAUCUUUGUAACUGCACCCCAUGAACCUACCUCGGGAAUUAUUGGUGUAAAUAAAAAAGGACAGGUACUCUCUGUUUGUGUGGAAGAAGAUAACAUUGUAAACUAUGCCACCAAUGUUCUCCAGAAUCCUGAUUUGGGUCUGCGUAUGGCGAUCAGGAGUAACUUAGCUGGGGCAGAAGAACUCUUUGCCAGGAAAUUUAAUACUCUGUUUGCACAGGGAAACUAUGCAGAAGCAGCCAAAGUGGCCGCAUCUGCACCAAAGGGAAUCUUGCGCACCAGUGAUACCAUCCGGAAGUUCCAGAGCGUUCCUGCCCAACCUGGGCAGGCCUCUCCCUUGCUGCAGUACUUUGGUAUCCUCCUUGAUCAAGGACAGCUCAAUAAAUUUGAGUCUCUGGAACUCUGCCGUCCUGUUCUUCAGCAAGGCCGCAAACAACUCUUAGAAAAAUGGCUAAAAGAAGAUAAGCUGGAAUGCUCUGAGGAGCUGGGAGACUUAGUAAAGACUGCUGACCCAACUCUUGCCCUCAGUGUUUAUCUCCGUGCGAACGUACCAAACAAAGUAAUUCAGUGUUUUGCAGAAACUGGUCAAUUCCAGAAAAUUGUUCUUUAUGCCAAAAAGGUUGGUUAUACGCCAGAUUGGAUUUUCUUGUUGAGAAGUGUGAUGAGAGUCAGUCCAGAUCAGGGCCUUCAGUUUGCUCAGAUGUUGGUACAGGAUGAGGAGCCACUAGCCAACAUCAAUCAGAUUGUUGAUGUAUUCAUGGAGAACAGCUUAAUUCAGCAGUGUACCUCCUUCUUGUUGGAUGCCUUGAAAAAUAACCGUCCUGCUGAAGGCCACCUUCAGACCCGUCUACUUGAGAUGAACCUCAUUCAUGCUCCACAGGUUGCAGACGCCAUCCUGGGAAAUCAGAUGUUCACACAUUAUGAUCGUGCCCACAUUGCGCAACUCUGUGAAAAAGCAGGAUUGUUGCAGAGAGCAUUGGAACACUACACUGACCUCUAUGACAUCAAGCGUGCUGUUGUUCAUACCCAUCUUUUGAACCCGGAGUGGCUUGUGAAUUUCUUUGGCUCUCUGUCAGUUGAAGAUUCUGUGGAGUGUCUGCGUGCUAUGCUGUCUGCUAACAUUCGACAAAACCUUCAGCUCUGUGUGCAAGUGGCUUCUAAGUAUCACGAACAGCUGGGCACCCAGUCUCUUGUGGAGCUGUUUGAAUCCUUUAAAAGUUACGAAGGGCUGUUUUAUUUCUUGGGCUCGAUUGUGAACUUCAGUCAGGACCCAGAUGUCCACUUCAAAUAUAUCCAAGCAGCUUGCAAGACUGGCCAAAUCAAAGAGGUAGAAAGGAUCUGCCGGGAAAGCAACUGCUAUAAUCCAGAACGGGUGAAAAAUUUCCUGAAGGAAGCCAAGCUCACAGACCAGCUUCCCCUCAUAAUUGUCUGUGAUAGAUUCGACUUUGUCCAUGACCUGGUCCUCUACUUGUAUCGCAACAACUUGCAGAAAUACAUUGAGAUCUACGUUCAAAAGGUAAACCCAAGUCGUAUUCCAGCAGUGGUUGGAGGACUUUUAGAUGUGGAUUGUUCUGAAGAUGUCAUUAAGAACUUGAUCAUGGUGGUGAGAGGCCAGUUCUCAACAGAUGAAUUGGUAGCUGAAGUAGAAAAAAGAAAUAGGCUUAAGUUGCUACUGCCUUGGCUCGAGUCUCGGAUUCAUGAAGGCUGUGAAGAACCAGCGACACACAAUGCACUGGCUAAAAUAUACAUUGACAGCAACAACAACCCAGAGCGCUUUCUGCGAGAUAACCCCUUCUACGACAGCUGUGUUGUAGGCAAAUACUGUGAAAAGAGGGACCCGCACUUAGCCUGUGUUGCUUAUGAGAGGGGGCAGUGUGAUCUUGAGCUCAUAAAGGUCUGCAAUGAGAACUCCUUGUUUAAGAGUGAAGCUCGAUACCUAGUACGCAGAAAAGAUCCAGACCUGUGGGUGAACGUUCUGGAGGAAAACAAUCCGUUCAGGAGACCGCUCAUUGACCAGGUUGUGCAAACAGCAUUAUCGGAAACGCAGGAUCCAGAAGAGGUUUCUGUGACUGUCAAAGCUUUCAUGACUGCUGACCUGCCCAAUGAGCUCAUUGAGUUGCUUGAGAAGAUAGUUCUGGAUAACUCAGUCUUCAGCGAGCACAGGAAUCUUCAGAAUCUCCUAAUCUUGACGGCCAUUAAAGCAGACCGAACGCGUGUGAUGGAGUACAUCAGCCGUCUGGACAACUAUGACGCCCCAGAUAUUGCAAAUAUUGCUAUCAGCAAUGAGCUGUAUGAAGAAGCUUUUGCCAUCUUUAGGAAAUUUGAUGUUAAUACUUCUGCAAUUCAGGUAUUGAUAGAGCACAUUGGCAACUUGGAUCGUGCUUAUGAAUUUGCUGAGAGAUGUAAUGAGCCAGCGGUUUGGAGCCAGCUUGCCAGAGCACAGCUCCAAAAGGACUUGGUCAAGGAAGCCAUAGAUUCAUACAUAAAGGCUGACGAUCCUUCUGCCUACAUGGAAGUUGUCCAAGCGGCGAACAGAAAUGAUAACUGGGAGGAUUUGGUUAAAUUCUUGCAAAUGGCUAGGAAAAAGGCAAGAGAAUCUUACGUCGAGACUGAACUUAUAUUUGCCUUGGCAAAAACCAAUAGGCUUUCGGAGCUAGAAGAGUUUGUCAGCGGCCCUAACAACGCUCAUAUACAGCAGGUUGGAGAUCGCUGCUACGAGGAGGGGAUGUAUGAUGCGGCCAAACUUCUCUACAACAAUGUCUCUAACUUUGCCCGCCUGGCAUCUACACUAGUUCAUCUUGGAGAGUACCAGGCAGCUGUUGAUAGUGCCCGCAAAGCCAACAGCACCAGAACAUGGAAAGAGGUGUGCUUUGCCUGUGUGGAUGGAAAGGAGUUCCGGCUCGCACAGAUCUGUGGCUUACACAUAGUAAUCCAUGCUGAUGAGCUUGAGGAGCUGAUAAGCUAUUAUCAGGAUCGUGGAUACUUUGAAGAGCUGAUUGCCCUCUUAGAAGCUGCUCUAGGCCUAGAGCGUGCUCACAUGGGGAUGUUCACCGAACUUGCCAUCUUGUAUUCUAAAUACAAACCGCAGAAGAUGAGAGAGCAUUUGGAAUUGUUUUGGUCCAGAGUCAAUAUUCCAAAGGUGCUUCGAGCAGCAGAACAGGCCCAUCUUUGGGGAGAGCUGGUUUUCCUCUAUGACAAAUACGAAGAAUAUGACAAUGCAAUAAUUACAAUGAUGAACCAUCCUACAGAUGCUUGGAAGGAAGGGCAGUUCAAGGACAUAAUUGCAAAGGUGGCCAAUGUGGAGCUGUAUUACAAAGCCCUGCAGUUUUACUUGGACUACAAACCCCUGCUGAUCAAUGAUCUUCUCCUUGUGUUAUCUUCACGGCUGGAUCACACCAGGACAGUCAGCUUCUUCUCCAAGGUUAAUCAGCUGCCUCUAGUGAAACCUUACUUGCGCUCAGUCCAGAACCAUAAUAAUAAAGGAGUCAAUGAGGCACUGAACAAUCUUCUGACAGAGGAAGAAGACUACCAGGGAUUGCGAGCUUCCAUUGAUGCCUACGAUAACUUCGAUAACAUUACACUGGCUCAACGUCUAGAAAAGCACGAGUUGAUUGAAUUCAGGCGUAUUGCUGCUUACCUGUACAAAGGCAAUAACAGAUGGAAACAGAGUGUGGAACUCUGCAAGAAAGAUCACCUUUAUAAGGAUGCCAUGCAGUAUGCCGCAGAGUCCAAAGAUGCUGAAUUGGCAGAGAAGCUACUUCAGUGGUUUCUGGAGGAAGACAAAAAGGAGUGUUUUGCAGCUUCUCUCUUCACAUGUUACGAUUUGUUGCAUCCGGAUGUCGUCCUUGAGCUGGCAUGGAGGCACAACAUUAUGGACUUUGCAAUGCCUUAUUUUAUCCAGGUGAUGAGGGAAUACCUGACCAAAGUUGAUGGUCUGUUUAAUAAGGUGGAUAAACUUGAUGCUUCUGAAAGCCUAAGGAAAGAAGAGGAACAAGUAACUGAACCCACUCCAAUAGUAUUUGGCCAGCAGCUGAUGCUAACGGCGGGUCCCAACGCAGUACCUCCGCAGGCAAACUUCCCAUAUGGAUACACGGCACCAGGAUUCACCCAGCCACCAGUUUACGGUUUCAAUAUGUAACUUGCGCUGUGAGACCUCUUAACUGUCUCUGGUCCAUCUUCUUCCCAUCCCCCCCUUUUUUUUUGUCCAAGAAGGCACAGAUGACUCCCUGUGUUGGCUUGAAUUGCCUUUGCAAUCCCACUCCAUUCAGAGACAUCCAAAGGACACUGUGUUAUUUAUUGCUAUGUCCUGUUACAUUUCAACCUCAAAAAGGGCAGCUUUUUUCCCUCUUGUUUUCAUUACUGACAUUUUCAAGGCUGUGUCUGAAGCUGCGGCGACACUUCCGCAAGAUCAACAACCCAGCAAUAACUUCUUGAGGCUGGAAGGGGUGGUGGUGGUGGUGAUGGGUGGAUGUCUCUCAUUGCAGAAUCCUCUUGCUGGCCAUGUCCAUGCUGAGGAACCUCCUAGCACCAAGCUGUUAAUGCUCUUAUAGUACUGUAACUAACCAAGCACCUACUUAGAUAGCAAGGAAUUGGGUUCAGAACCCUACUGGUGGGAUAUGUGAAAACUGUAUGUAACUCAUACUUCCUCCCCAUUUGUUUGUAGUACUGUGCAAAAAGGAAAUAAAUUAAGUGUAUGGGAGGGGGGAAUGGCAGAGCAGUUUAUAGAACGUUGCAAAAAAAAAAAAAAGCAUCUAUGCCUUCUGGAAUAGUUUUUUUAAAAAAUAACUUUCUUGGAGAAUAAAUUGGAUCAUACCGCAGAGCAGACACUUCCCAGAUUUUUUUUCCUGUAAUACAUAACAGCUUAAGCAUGAUAACUCAUUGGCAUCAAAUGGUACACAUUUUCAACAACGUAACUUUGGAUAUGUGACUUAUUUUCUUUGUUUUUGACAAGCAAAUUUUGGGAGUGUGUUGCCUGGGCAGCCAUAGUAUUGUAAAUGUGUGUGUGUUGCAAAGAGGGCCAUGUUGGUAUGAAAGGAGCAUGAAAUAUUAGGGAAGGGAGGGUUACACCUGCUUUUGUGACUGGAAUUUGGCCCUGAAAGCGAGUCUUCCUGCCUGUGCUGGCUGUAUUUGAUUUGAAGCUCUAAACCAGGAGUGGGGAACCUGCGGCCUUCUGGAAGUUGCUGGACUGCACCUCCCAUCAUCCCUCGUGACCGCUGGUCACGCCAACUGAUGCUGCUGGGAACUGGAGGCCCAACAACAUCUGGAGGACCGCAAGUUCCCCAUCUCUGCUGUAAACCCUCUGGGCGUCUGGAGAUGCUUUUCAGAAGUGACAACAGUUCAGAUUGUGGUUUUUUCCCUGCCUCUGCUAGGAUUCUUCGAGGUUAAAUGGUCUGCCCAUUGCACACUCUUGCUUUUUUCUUCUUCCCGGAUAGAGAAUGCCAACAAGGAUGUACUACUUUGUGCCACUUUUCAGAGACAUAUAUCAUUAACAUUUUAUGUACUUAAAACUAGAUAAUGUAUAAUUUAUGGCUAUGAAUCUUGUGCUAAUCAUGAAUAUUAUGAAAGUCCAAUUAUAAACAUAAACCAAACCGGU